AUGUCUCCCACAAACACGCCUUUGCACCCAGCGGCCUCUUCCACUGCCCGAUCAUCUUCUCAACCCCCUCGACACCAAGAUCUCCGCACCUCGACAGUAUCGCCCGCAUCCUCGUCGUCCUCGAUUGCCUUUCCCGCGCUACCCGGCACAUCCCUGCAGCCAUCCGCCGCAGCGUCCGACGACACCAACGGCUUCGAGAUGGCCCCCAUGGCUAGCCACCGACGGCGCAAGAGCAGUCUGAUGAACCCGGCCGUCGCCGGCGGCGGCAGCGACCGCACCUCGCCGCACAGCCUACACACGCGGCGCCCGUCGGGGAGCUUCUCUGGCCACAGCGGCGAGCGAACCCCGGCCCCGGCGCCAGGGCCGGCGCCCGUCGACCGGGACGACUGGAGCCUGGAGAGCUUCAGCGACGACGACGUGCAUGAUGACGAGGAGCUUGGUCUCACGGCCCAGGACCGGACGCGCAAGCAGAAGCAGCGGCGCAGGCUCACGCGACUAGAUCAGCGCAUUGCCAAGGAGAAGAACCUCUCGGUGGACGAGCAGCAACUGGCAGAUAGGAGCGUCAUCCGACGCUUGUUGAUCAAUGGAGGACUUAUUCUGCUUUGGUACAUCUUUUCGCUAUCCAUAUCAUUGUACAACAAAUGGAUGUUUGACAAGGACCGACUCAACUUUGCCUUUCCCCUGUUUACGACAGCCAUGCACAUGAUUGUGCAAUUCUCUCUCGCCUCUCUCGUCUUGUACUUUGUUCCUUCAUUGCGACCAUAUCACAAACACACUUCCGAUCUCGGACGCUCGCGACACGAAGACGGACCAAACUCGUCCAAAAUGUCCAAGCUGUACUACCUCACAAGGGUUGGCCCGUGUGGUGCCGCGACUAGUUUGGAUAUCGGACUCGGCAACAUGUCGCUCAAGUCCAUCACACUCACAUUUUACACCAUGUGCAAAUCUUCCUCGCUAGCCUUCGUCUUGAUUUUCGCCUUCGUUUUUCGUCUCGAAAAGCCGACCUGGCGUCUGGUCGCCAUCAUUGCUAUCAUGACUGUCGGUGUUAUUCUCAUGGUCUCUGGUGAGGUCGAGUUCAAGCUCUCCGGGUUUCUACUCGUCAUCUCUGCCGCCUUCUUCUCCGGCUUCCGCUGGGGUCUGACACAGCUACUGCUUCUCCGCAAUCCCGCCACAUCAAACCCGUUUUCCAGCAUCUUUUUUCUUUCUCCCAUCAUGUUCAUCACCCUCUUUGCCAUGGCGAUACCCAUGGAAGGCUUCAGUGAACUAUUCGAAGGCCUCGACCGCAUUAGCCAAGAAUUCGGCACCGUUAUGACGCCCAUUUUCUUGCUCUUCCCCGGCUGCAUUGCAUUCCUCAUGAUAGCGUCGGAAUUUGCCUUGCUACAGCGAACGUCGGUCGUCACGCUCUCGAUUGCGGGCAUCUUCAAGGAGGUCGUCACCAUCUCUGCCGCAUCCGUCAUCUUCCACGACGAACUGAGCCUUGUCAAUUUUAUCGGCCUGCUCACGACGAUUGUCGCCAUUGGCGCAUACAACUAUGUCAAGAUUUCCAAGAUGCGCGCCGACGCCCAAGAAGCGGUCCAAGACCCUGUCGAAAGCGACAAGACGUUUUCCAGCCACACAAGCAGCGACAUUGACAAUGAUGAUAUCAAUGAAGAGUCUGCCGGGCUGCUACAGCAAGGCGAACAAAACGCACCACUUCCUGCUGUUGCAGAGUACGAGCAAACAAAAUAG